AUAGCCAUCUAUGAUAGUUUUGAACAUUUAGUCGAAAUAAAAUUCCUAAAAAACAGACAAAUACCGAGAUUAAUCUUCAAAAUCAUCGGACUGACUAUAAAAUUUCUACCGAAUGUAACCAAUCUAAUUAUAAAUAGUGGAAUGGAUCAGUACACACUUUAUGAAAUAAAUAAAUUUCUUAACAUCUCACAUAUAACAGAAAUAUGCUUAGAUGGUUCUUUUUUAAAAGAAGGAAACUAUGACAUACUGCUGGAAACUAGCAGCCCUCUCCGGCAUUAUUCCUUAUGUAGAUGCAAAAUUGAUGAUUUGAUUAUUGAGAAUAUAUCAAGAAAGUUAGUCUAUCCAAUGCCUGCUUCUAAAACUCUAAUGAUUCUCAAUUUAUCAUCGAAUAGCAUAACGGAUUUGGGUGCAUCGUAUUUAGCACAAGCUUUACGAUCGAAUCGACGCCUAAUUUACUUAAAUCUAGCUGAUAACAGGCUAACUGACGAGGGAGCCAGGCAAAUAUUUGACAUACUCGUAGAAUUCCCACUGACUUCACAAGAGCUCUUCGAAGCUAGGCAAAGGCAUAUGCUUUAUUUAAAACAUAAAAAUGAAUUAAUCGAAGUUAUGAUCAAAGAAAUACGAGCCGGUGAAUUUGAUAAGAAAUUGUCUAAGAGGAAAUCGAUAAGGCCGAUAUCAGCUGCGUCCGGGAAGAAAGGAAAAUUAGACAAGGAAUCUUCUUUAAAAUCCAUCGGUGAUGCAAAGAGCCUUGCUAAUAUAGAUUUGAUAUAUUAUGAAAAAGCAUUAACCAUGGUUGAGAAUUCUCUUGGAGAUUUUAGGGAUCCAUACAAUUCAUACGACACAAUCGUGAAGGACGGAAGUGUAUUUUCUAAAGGGAACAACGUCCUUUGCUAUUUAAAUUUGGCGUAUAAUAAUCUUUCAUAUUUAUCAUUAAAAAAAUUGCUGGGAGUUCUUAUAUUUCAGAAGCUUCUCGAUAGGAAACCAAGAGGUUUGAUUAAUUUGUCUGUUGAAGGUAAUAACCUCCCCGUAACUUGUAAGGAGAUGGCUCAAAUCGAUGACAUUUUGGAAAUGGGCUUAAUGGUCCAUAAUCGUAGACUUUCUGGGGCUAAGAAAAGACCUCAGUCAAAAUGUACAUCACGCUGA